CUGCUGACAGGAUACGUCACCAAGUCAUCGCCAAAGUCACAUGGUGUUUGACAUCUGACAAUGGCCUUCCGCACAUUUUACACCAGAUAUGAAGAUACAGUGGGAAUAGCUUUUGAGGUGUAUGCCGCUGCGGUGUACAAACAUCCGUGGUUAAUUUUAGGCUUCUGUGUCCUAUAUAACUGCUUAUUUAGUCUGGGUUUCUUGCGAUUUAGCACCGAGACCGACAUGGAAAAGUUAUUCACACCUAAAAACAAUGAAGCAUUAACAAAUAUGAAGAAAAUAAACGAAAUAUUUCAAAAUAAAUCUAGAAACAGUUUUUUCCCGAAAGCUUUAACCAAUCUCAAUAAGCAUGUAUAUGGAGGUUUAAUAAUACGAUCGAAAGACGGUUCAAACCUCCUGAGGGAAGAUGAACUAAGUGAGUUAAGGAGGAUUGACAAAAUCAUAAGAAAGGAUGUUCAGUUUGUGAACGAUUCUGGUUCCGUUUUACAUUAUGAGGAUGUGUGUGCCCGUAAAGACAGGAGGUGCGUGGUCAGUGGGGAGUUCAUAUUGUCCAAGAGGUUUACGAUAUUGAGGAAGGCACGCCGCAUUCUCUAUCCUAACUUCGCGGGCAAGAGUCUCUCGACCGUGUUUGGUAAUGUGGGCGUAGUGGAUGGUCGCCUGGUAUCCGCCUCAAUGCUACGCAUGAUGUACCAUCUCCGACAGGACACUGAUGAGGACAGGCAACGAUCGCACGCUUGGGAGACCAGCUACGUGGAUAAACUGAAACGUCUUCAAACAAAUAUAACUCACAUUGCAUUCAGAAGCUCAAUGUCAGUUACCGCAGAAUUCGUAAAAGGUAUAUUUGGCGAAAAAAAGUUCUUCGUUCUAACUAUACUGUUUAUGUUGCUUUAUUCCACUUUUGCGAUUUCUGGCGGAAAUUGUGUGUCUGGACGUCAUACCUUGGCUGCCGCAGGGGUUAUUUCCACUUGUCUGGCCGUGCUAGGGGCGUUCGGAGCGGUUAGUGGAGCAGGCGUCAAAUACGUCAACAUCUGUGGUGUGAUACCCUUCCUUAUCGUAGGUAUCGGUCUGGACGACAUGUUUAUUCUGAUGGCGUGUAUGGCCGACACCCCGAAGACCAUUCCUGUGAAAGAUCGAGUAAAGCGGAUGAUGAGGACCGGUGGUAUAUCAGUAACCAUGACGUCACUGACGGACUUUCUGGCAUUCCUGAUUGGCUCCACCUCCGUGUUCUCUAGCGUACAGUAUUUCUGUACAUACACAGGUGUAGCUGUGCUGUUCUGCUACCUGAACCAACUACUUUUCUUCGUACCCUGUAUUAUCAUUAACGAGAGACGUACGUUUGAGUGGCGUCACUGCAUCACGUGUCAGGAGACGCGAUCGUACAAACAACUAAGGGAAGCGGACCACGGCGUGGCACUUAGUCUGUGUUGUGGUGGGGAGCCCCCAAAAACACCAUCAGAUAGCGAAAGUCCUCUAGAGAGAUACCCCAAACGCCUGAUACAAAAAGUAAUUUCCACUACGCCGGUAAAGGUGGGGUGUAUGCUGCUGUUCAUGGGAUACAUCGGAAUGUCUAUUUAUGGUGCCGUGAAUGUCAGUCAGAACUUCAAGGUCAGUUACCUUGUGCCAGAGGACUCGUACGUGUACCGAUACCUGACAUGGACAGAGAGGGACUUCCCGAACGAGGUGGUAGUAUCUUUUGUGAUCCAUAGGGAACUCGACUACACUGACCACGCAAUACAAAGCAAGGUGGCCGCCAUGUUAAAAAGGGCCCGAAUAGAACCACUAAUACAGAGGAAACGGGAAAUUAAUUGGCUACUAGGGUAUAAACAAUCACGGUUUUACAAUGUUUCUAAUGAUUUUAUACAAGGUCUAAAAAGGUUUUUGAAAUCCCGGAAGGAUUAUGAAAUUGAUGUUGUGUUAGAUGAGUCAGGAUACAAGAUAAAGUCCUCGCGAUUUUACGUGAUAUCAAAAGACAUACGAGAUUCCCAGAUGACGAAGUCACUGCUAACUGGUAUGAGGACCAUCGCCAAGGAAUCGGGUCUACCAGUCAUUGUGCACGCGCCUUUAUUCAUCAUUGGCGAACAAUUUGUGGCCAUUGGUACGUCGACGCUACAGACCAUUUUUAUUGCCAUGGCUGCCACAUUGGUGACCACCACGUUAACGAUGCCACACCCCUUAAUUGUUAUCAUGGUGUGCGUCAGCAUGGUAAGCAUUCUGACGGGUGUGUACGGCUUCAUGUACAUGUGGGAACUAGGUCUUAGCUCAAUUACUAUGGUUCAGCUCAUCAUGAGCAUUGGAUUCUCCGUCGACUUCAGUGCCCAUAUCUGUCACUCCUAUGUCACAGCUGACGGCUCCACCAGAGCCCAACUAGUUGGAACAGCCAUCUCUCGAGCUGGAGGUGCAAUUAUCAAUGCAGCGAUGUCGUCCAUCAUUGGCGUCCUUAUGCUAGCCUUUACAACAUCAUAUGUUUUUAAGUCAUUUUUCAAAAUUAUGUUCCUUGUGAGUGUGUUUGGCCUUAUGCAUGCCUUACUGUUCCUGCCGGUGGCGUUAAUUGUAUGUGGUCCACGGCCAAAGGCAACAAAACAAGCAGAAGAAUCUGCCACGGCGCCGUCCACAACAAUAUCAAUGAUAACUUCAUCCGACGAGAGAGAGCAUGCUGGACCGAUAAACAACUUGUUCGCAACUGCAGAAAGCCAGAAACAAAAUAUUACAACACAACCCGCAGACAUUUAAAAUCGGGGAACACGGCUAUAAUUAUAAAAAAAUAUUGCUCGUCAUUAAAACUGUCCCAUUCGUUACUUUUUGUCACGGGAAGACGACAGAAGUUUUGACACCUAAUUGAUACGUAUGUCAAGAGCCUUGCACCACAGGUUACGUAAAACCCAUAGCUGUCUGUAUACAACGAUACUUCUGUUCCCCAGCCAGCAAAGGCGUCAACAGCUUACGUUAAACCAUAGCUGUCUGUAUACAACGAUUCUUCUGUUCCCCAGCCAGCAAAGGCGUCAACAGGUUACGUUAAACCAUAGCUGUCUGUAUACAACGAUUAUUCUGUUCCCCAGCCAGCAAAGGCGUCAACAGGUUACGUUAAACCAUAGCUGUCUGUAUACAACGAUACUUCUGUUCCCCAGCCAGCAAAGGCUGAGUCAAAUCGAAGGUAUAAUCCUUGUUUUUACCAUUUCAAUUAAUGACAUUCAAUAUUUCAAAGUGCGGAAAAUGUUACACCAGCUUUAUUACACCGCCUUUUAACGUUAGAUAGCACGGUCUAUGGUGGCUUAUUACACCGCCUUUUUAACGUUAGAUAACACUGUCUAUGGUGGCGUGAAACCAAGCCAUAGUAGUACUAGUACUUAAAAACAAAACACUCUGCAGUCAGUGUUUUCAUACUAACUUUAAUAGUAUCUAUUGGUUCAGGAAUGGAAUAUUUUCAAAGACUGCUAGAAACUUGACUAAAAGGGACAUACCAUAAAAUCACUGGUGAAUGUUUAUAACAAUCAAUUUAGACCCUUUAAACUGAUUAGGUCAAACUAAUUCACAAUCUGACGUCACACUGAACCCAUCUGGCAAGUAUGUUAACGGAACUAGUUAAAGCAACUAGAAAAUGUUUGUGCAACAUACAUGUCUCUGCUCAUGACAAUGAAAAUGGAACUAAAUCCAAAGAAACCGAAGUCAGUGAUAUAGAAUAUAUAGAUCACAAUGACCUACAUAUAAUUACUGUUGCAAUUCAGCUCAAGAUGUAUCCUCAUAUGAAGUUUGCUGACAGUUGACAUUUCGUUAAAACUCUAACCAGAUUAUAUGGACAAAUAGACCAACUAACAGAAAGGCAAAUACUUAAUAACAAAAACAUAUGUCUAAGACAUUUUACAAUUUUACACAAGAGAUCCAUGAGGCACGUAGUUUCACUUGUUUUUCAACCGUUAGCCAUCUUGGUUUCCUUUUUACCCAAAUAAGUUCAACAAAUAUGCUUGGUAAGUGAACUGGGUUUGGGAAAGUCGAAGAUGACAAAGAGUUAUUAUGACUAGCCUUAUUAAAAUUUACCUGUUUACUGUUAUGGGGGCACAUACCUUUGCUUCCAAGAGGAGACCCUUUAUUUCAAUAAAAAAAAAAACACCUUCCUUUUUGUAGGGAUACUCAUACCAACCCAACAUCCCUUCACUUGAGCGCAAGGGGUAGAUUUAAAAGCUUAAAGUUAUAUAUACAUUCUGCCUAUCACCCUGCUGCCUCCAGAGAGGUAAAAUACAGCCUUCAUUUAUACAUCAUUACAUUGUAUAUACAUAUUGCUACGGUAUACAUGAUCGUAUUGCAUUACUUAUCCAGACUUCAUACAUCCAGUUAAAGGCUGUCAGAACUGUUGAUAUGAUUCGGUAUACAUGUAUAUCAGAGACAGGGGAUAAUGUUAGUUUAAUGAUUCGGUAUACAUGUAUAUCAGAGACAGGGGAUGUUAGUUUAAAGAUUCGGUAUACAUGUAUAUCAGAGACAGGGGAGUUAGUUUCACGAUUCGGUAUACAUGUACAUCAGAGACAGGGGAUAAUGUUAGUUUAAUGGUUGAGUAUACAUGUACAUCAGAGACAGGGGAGUUAGUUUAAUGAUUGAGUAUACAUGUACAUCAGAGACAGGAGAGUUAGUUUAAUGAUUCGGUAUACAUGUAUAUCAGAGACAGGGGAUAAUAUUAGUUUAAUGAUUCAGUAUACAUGUAUAUCAGAGGCAGGGAAUGUUAGUUUAAUGAUUCGUAUACAUGUAU